AUGAAGGAUAGAGACACCAGCAGCUCCAAUCAAGUCUAUCUCUUCGUCAACAAGACUCAAAAGUCCAAGUCUCUGUCCAAAAGCGAUGGUGCUGUUGCGAAACAGAUCAAUCGCCAUGCCCAGCACUUCCGAAGUCGCAAGGUUGACGCUGAAAAAAUCACCUCUGCCUUGACCAGCUCUUCUUCCGCUCUUCGGAUAGCGCGAGAUGGAUGGCACAAAAAGCAGAGCACCCCAAGCACCCCUGGCGAAGGAGACUUAUCUCAGACGUCAAACUCGGACAACAAUGGCAGCGGACCGGCUGCUUUGGCAGCCCUAGCCACACCGGCGGCAGCAACUGACCAUAAUAUUCCCGUGCCUUGUGUGGCCUUGACCUCGAGUCUAGCAAGUCGUACACGACCGUGGCCAUGGCCAGCAGCAGCAGCAACGGCAUCUAUCUCUUCCCCUGCGCCACCUGUGGUCAACGGCGCCUGGGAUGAUGAUGGUGCCAGUCCCGACGAGGAUGCGGAUCAACCGGACGACGGCGAGAAUUUGCAGCUGACUUCUGUUUGCCGGGCCAAUUUCACCGCUUACGAUUGCGUGGAUCCCUUCUCGGCCACUCCAAUCCAGAUUACCCCUAAGAUCCACAGCAUUCUGCAAUACACCCUACGCAUCUAUCCUUACUCUGGCAACAACUUCAAAUUAGCACACCUGCCUCCCCAUGUGCGAUCAACCAUCUCUCGGUUCCCUAUCAAAGAAGUGGUUGAGCGCAGUGUCUACAAGGAACACCACUUGUAUGCAAUAAUGGCGGGCAUGGUGGCUCGGUUGAAACACUGCUUCGAUGUGUCCAUCUUUGGCGAUGACGCUGAUGAACUGCGAGCAACUGCUUCAUAUCAUCUCCGGCAAGAGCUGAUCCGGGCGUCUCGCACAGGCUAUAUCGACAAACAGACCAUCCUCGACAUUUUGUUUUUGGUGGUCAAUGAAGUCCAAUAUGGUCGGUAUGACGACGCAAGAAAACACCUUCAGAUCGUUGGGAAGCUGUUCCAUCUCCUUGACCACAAUGAACAUCUUGAUCGGUGGAUUUCCGAGACCGCUGCUCAUGUGGACAACCAACUCGCUCUGACCACUGCCACACAUCCCGUCAUCAAGAGGAGCUUCCAGCCUGGCCCUAUGCUGCCGGAAAGAAUGGCGACCCUUCGCAGAGAGGCCCAGAGAAUGAGGUUACAAGGCGUUAUGCGACCUUCCUCUGUGGUGCCACGAGGGCCCAAGGCAUCUCUAGGACUGACCGAUACCAUUGCUGAUCUGGCAGAGACACUGGACGUGCGGAUGGGAACCGCCUUCACCUAUGGGCUCAAGGUCGGGCUGUACUCCGGCGGCACGGCCCCAAUCAUCUCCGAUCUGGUUGAUUGCAUUGAGAUCGCAAAGGUGGUCUGGCUGUCUCCCUUGGCUGUCUGUUUCGACGCCGAAUGGCUGUGCAGGAAAGCGAGAGCGCUUCUUCGUGCGUUGGUAUUUAUGGCUCCCGAAAAUAACACUGGCCCUACCAUUGUCGCCGACUGUACCGAAUGUCUGAGGAUCUGCUUGCUGAUCAUGAUGACACAUGCUUGUACUCUGGUGGGUUUUCAUACGGCCAGAACAAAUGCUCGACGGCUGCAGAAGGCCCAGGAAGCCGCCUUCGCGGCGUGGUGUCCUGCCAUAGGCUGGACCAAGGAUUGUGUGCCUCUGGUCCCCGGCAGUCGACUGUCUGUGUACGAACAUACACACGCCGGGCUGGCGCUGUGGGGAACGCUAAUCGGCGUCUGGUCAGCAGACGGUUUGCCGGAGCAAGAAUGGUUCAUCGUCCGCGCGGUCAACAUGUCUCGAUAUUUUGGCUUCACCACCUACGAAGAUCUGCACAACCAUAUGGUUCAUUAUCUAUACUCCAGUUCCUUUCAGGAGCGCAGUCUGCGGAUGGUGGCAGAACGACUUGAGCAGCGCUCGUAUCUUCCCGUCUGGCCAGCGGCUUGA